AUGACAAAGGACGAAGAGGAUUUCCCUAUAGCAUUUAGCAUAAUCGUGUACAAACAUGUUGAACAGGUGGAGCGAUUACUACGCAUGUUAUGGCGACCGAAUAACGUGUAUUGUAUAUCCACUGACGCCAAGUCAAGACAAGAGUUCGUGGAGGCGGUUGUAUCUAUAGCCAAAUGCUUUGACAACGUAUUUGUUUAUCCAGUGCAGGUUGAUGUGCAGUGGGGGACGUUCACAGUACUGGAGCCAGAUCUGCUCUGCAUGGACCUGUUAUGGAAGCAGAAUAAAAAAUGGAGAUAUUUCAUUAAUUUGACUGGGCAGGAAUUUCCACUGAAAACCAACUAUGAACUUGUUCAGAUUCUGAGAGCUUACCGUGGUGCUAAUGAUAUACAGGGAACAUUCAAAGAGGCCGAUGUGGAUCGGUGGGCGGGUGCAGGUGUACCGCCGGCUGGUUUGAAGCCAAGGAAAGGAGCGGUUCAUAUAGUUGCAUCCCGCGGUUACGUCGACUACGUUUUACACAACGACGUUGCCAUGUCGUUGUUACAGUGGGUGAAGAAGGUCCACGUUCCAGAUGAGGCUUUCUUUUCUAUGCUCAACUUCAAUCCUCACCUGGAGGUGCCUGGAUCCUAUACAGGUGACGUGGAUGAUGGCAAGCGGAUGUUUCUUGGACGUUACAAACUGUGGUUCCCACAACACACGUGUUCUGGAAGGAUUGCCAGGAAUAUAUGCAUAAUGGAGGUUCGAGACGUGCAAAAUCUUGUCAAGGCACCGGAGCUGUUCGUCAACAAAUUCUUCUACGAUCAUCACCCUCUGGCGUACGACUGUCUGGAGGAGUGGUACCACAAGAAGGUAGACAUGGAGAAGAAAGGCAAGCUGGAUUUUAAUACAACCUUGUAUAAAAACAGAUGGAUUACUAGUCACCACUUCUAG